CUCAUCUAAUACAAUUCCUUUGGACAACCAACUGUUCAAGAAGGAACACAACAUGGCCCCCAAGAAGUCCGUUAUUGUUUUCAUUGUGUUGCUAGCAGUUGUGCUUCAAAGUGCAGUGAUUGAAUGCCAGGGGCAGAUGACAUGCUCGGCAUCACUUAGCAACUUGAACGUCUGCGCGCCAUUCGUGGUGCCAGGAUUAACCAACCCAAACCCCAGUGCUGAAUGUUGUACUGCCAUCCAAUCAGUGGACCAUGACUGCUUCUGUAACACUCUCCGCAUCUCCGCUCGCCUUCCCUCUCAGUGCAACCUUCCUCCCCUCUCUUGUACUGCAAACUGAGGUGUAUGUUGGACACUGCCAAAUCCUAGCUACAGCUACUAGGCGAAUAAUAUCCAGAAUUCUACGGCAGUAUCCGAUACGCUAUGUCCUAUAUGCUGUGCAAGUUAAAUAAUCUGAUGUAAUGUAGGUCAGUGAAGAGUCCUUUGUGUGUCAUGUGAAAAUCAAUAAGACAAACAUCUUCUCAUUCU